CACCUUAAACAACAUCCAGAUUCGGGUGUUUGUUUGCUAACGUUAGCCUUUUCAGGAGUAACGGUGCGGUGACCAGUAGGAUAAUGUUUAUUCUAGGGUAAAACAGAGACCCUGCAUUACGACACGUUAUAAGAUGCUACCCUCGGUAUGGAAUAUAAAACGCCGUAAGAUACCGCAAGUUUGACUUCCAGCGAAAUAACUUUUUAGAGUUUAGCUUACUAGCGUGUUAGAACAACAUGCAGAACAAACGACCAACAUCACCUGAGCCAGGUAACCUCCAGGCUUUACACCCGCUUCCUCCCACGAAGACUAUAAUGAUCUAUCGGAAUGGCGAUGCCUUUUACCCUGGAAGAAAGAUGGUCAUCAAUCAACGUCAGAUAUCAACUUUUGACACCUUUCUAAGUACAGUUACUCUCGGUAUUCAAGCUCCUUUCGGGGCUGUAAGAAAUAUUUACACUCCACGGGAGGGACACAGGAUAAGUGAGAUGGACCAUUUGCAACAUGGAGAUAAAUAUGUUGCGGCUGGAAAGGAGCGAUUUAAAAAGCUCGAUUAUGUUCAGAUAUCAGCGAAGAAACCACAAAGAAAGAAAACAGAACAGAUUCAACCAGUUGUUCACAGCAAGAUUGUGGUUCCAGCUCGCUGGAGGGUAGUCGGUAAUGAAUCAUGCACUAUCAAUGUUUUUACGAAUGGGGAUGUCUUGGUUCCACCAGUUCGUCUUCUGAUUCCAAAGUACACCCUCAAAAAUUGGGAAAAUGUACUAGCCAUGGUAACAGAGAAGGUACGUCCACGGACAGGGGCUGUGCACAGGUUAUGCACAUUAGAUGGGACCCCUGUACUGAGUGGGGCAGAGUUGGAGCAUAACCAUUACUACGUGGCGGUGGGGUUGGAGAGAUACCGCCAAUUGCCAUAUUUCCAGUGGGUUCCCAACAAAGGGGUCAACCGGGACAUGAGUCAGGGAAUAAUGCAGAGUGGUGAUGUUCUACCGCCAAUGAAGAAACGAAGACAAGGAAAGAACACUUCUGCACCCAGCCCCAGCCCUCCUCCGCCAGCGGGAGAGGACCCAGAGCUGGUGGGCAAGGGCAUCCGGGGCCUGCUGAAGGGCCGUAAACACUCCCUCUUCUACGCCGCCUCCAAUGAAGCAGCUAAGCAGCCCACGGAGCCCAAGCCGAUCACGCCUCCCUCCAAAGUCCCACCACCACCCAGUGUCCGAGUCGGUGAUAGUGUGUUCAAAGCCAAGGACAGAAGAAAGGAAACAGCGGGAGCCGCAGAGGUGCAGGACGAUCGGCGGGUGCGAGUGGACCUGCCCAUUGAUCAGGUUGAGGCCAAGACGGUGGAUGAGGAGGUUGACUUCCCUCGUCCAGAGGGUGGUGGCAGGAGCCCUCUGAAAGGCUUCUCACGCAGGCUCAGCUCCAGGAAAAGUCAACAGACGCCAACAGCACCGGCACCAGCGUCAGCGUCAAGGCCAGAGUCCCCUGACGACAGUCGUGUGACUCCAGCGGGUGAUUCUAAGCAGAGUAGUGCAAACGGAAAACCAGUGAAGACGCCAAAAAGGCCACCUGCUAGCCAGUCACCUGCACCUGUACCUGAAACGCCAGCUCUGAAGACACCAGUGAGGACACCUGCGAAGACACCAGUGAAGACACCAUUUAGAGGCGGAGAUAACAGGCCAACGACGCCAGUUACGCCAGAUUCACCUGUGCCACUGUCGGACGCUUCGCCCUCACCAGAACCUGUAGAGGUUGCACAGGGGCCGAAAGUGGAGAGGCGAGCGUCAAAGCUGUUUGGAAUACGGACACGGAUGUCCAAGCUCUUCAAGGACAAAAACAAAAAGACAACAUCUGCCCCUGAACCAGAUGCUCUGAAGCCAGAGGGCUCUCAACCUCAAUGACACCAACUCCUUGGAAAUCAGCAAGUCAAGAGCAAGGGGUCCCUGGCAGGCUGACAAAAUGUACUUUAAAUUAGUUUACUGAAGGCAUCAUGCUGGAUACCUGAUAGGCAUCAUCGAGACUGAUGUAGGAACCCGGUGGAGGGGAUGCCGGGGAAGUAAAUGAUGUUUUCAUGGCCUGACUGAGAGAGAGAGAGAGAGAGAGAGAGAGAGAGAGAGAGAGAGAGAGAGA